AUGACCACUAGGAAGAUGCUUCAAAAGGGUUGUCAAGCGUACCUAGCCUAUGUGAUGGACAGUAGCCUAAAAGGACCUAAAUUGAAAGAUAUACUAGUAGUAAGUGAGUUUUCUUAUGUAUUCCCUGAAGAGCUUUCCGGGUUGCCUCCAGAUAGAGAGACUGAAUUCUUUAUUGAUUUAAAUCCAGGUACAGCUCCUAUUUCUAUGGCACCAUACAGAAUGGCUCCAACAGAAUUGAAGGAGUUAAAAGCACAAUUGCAAGAGCUACUUGAUAAAGGUUUUAUAAGACCUAGUGUUUCACCUUGGGGAGCCCCUGUGCUAUUUGUGAAGAAGAAGGAUGGGUAUUAUCGUCGCUUUGUUCAAGAUUUCUCCAUCAUUGCAGCACCAAUGACUAAACUUCUUAGAAAGAAUGCAAAGUUUGAAUGGACAGAUGAAUAUCAAGAGAGCUUCGAGAAGCUUAAGACAUGUCUUACAUCAACUCCAGUCCUUAUCUUACCCUCAAGUACAAGUGGAUUUGUGGUGUAUAGUGAUGCUUCUCGCAAGGGUAAAGCUAAUGUGGUAGCUGAUGCCCUUAGUCACAAGUUCUUUAGUAAUUUAGCUUAUCUCAAAAUAGUUUGGCUUUCCUUGUUACUAGAGAUCAAAUGCUUAAGGGUAGAACUAGCAGUGGAUGAUGCAGGAGCAUUAUUGGCAACUCUCAAAGUUCAACCGUUUUUGAUAGAAAAAGUCAGAAAAGCUCAAAAUCAAGAUGAGCAGUUGAGUAAGAUCAGUAAUGAAAUUAAAGCAGAACAUCAACAUCUAAUAGGAAAGGUGCAACUGCUCUUUAUUCCAGAAUGGAAGUGGGAACACAUUACUAUUGAUUUUAUUUCUGGGUUGUCUCAUACUUCGCGUGGACAUAAUGCAGUAUGGGUGAUAGUUGAUAGAUUAACCAAGUCAUCACACUUUUUGCUUGUCAGGAUGGAUUAUUCUUUGGACAAAUUAGCAGAUAUCUAUGUCAAUGAGAUUGCAAGACUCCAUGGUGCUCCAAUUUCCAUUGUUUCAGAUAGAGAUCCAAGAUUCACUUCUUGA